CCGAGCUUUAAACCAACGAAGAAGAAAAAGAGAGGCAGCGGUGUUUGUGUUCUUCUCGUCGCUCCAAACUUUCACCAAACUUCAGAAAAUACAUUUUCUUUAAAUUAACGGAACUAAAACAAUUCAGCGGGGUUUCCUUCGGGACAGAGCCGGGAUUAUUCGACGGGAGUCGAUGAAAUGUUUUUCCUGAAGAGUCGACCUGCAGCUCUGCAGCUCCUCCGACUGUUCUCUUCACACUCUUUACCCACUCUCACUCUGUUCACUAAGGAUCCGUGUCCUCUGUGUGAUGACGCCAAAGAGGAGCUGGAACCGCUCAAACACCGGUUUGUGCUGCAGCAGGUGGACAUCACCCUCCCAGAGAACAGCGUGUGGUGGGACAGGUACAGGUACGACAUCCCCGUGUUCCACCUGAAUGGACGGUUUGUGAUGAAGCAUCGCGUGGACGCCAUCCUGCUGGAAAAACUGCUGACGGACGCAGAGACACAGACGAGAUGAGGACAGCUUAUUAUUUAUAUCAAAUAUUUAAUCAUGAAUAAAAAAAAUGUGAUCAUGAAAGUGUCUGCACUGUGUCUUCUUCCUGUGAACCAAU